UACCACACUUUUCUCAUCCACACAAUCAAAAAAAACAUGAUCAUAGAAAACCACUUCUUGUGAAUCCAAUCCAACAUGUUCGCCAUAGUCAUAGGUGGUUGUUAUUAUUAUUAUGUCACAUUGAAACAAUUCAACAACAUUAGUACUAUUGUGUUCUGUUCCCCCACGUUCUUCUCUUCUCUCUCUCCAACACCAUAACCAUCAAUUUCCCAUAAUGUCUCUAACCAUUAAGUUACAAUUAGUUUCUCAUCUUAACAUCAAUCACAACAAUAACCAUGCAAACAAAUUAAUCAAAAUCAAAAACAACACUUUUGGUAACACUUUAAACUUUCUUCCAAAACCCACUUUUGGUAACAAUUCAUUAACUGUUACUAAAAAGUCUAAUAAUAAAGUUAAGAGAAGAAUGCAAGGAAAUUUCAUGAUCAAAAGCUCUUUGAUAGAACCAGAUGGGGGUGUAUUAGUAGAUCUUAUGGUGCCUGAAAAUGAAAGAGAGUCCAAGGUACUUGAAGCUAAGUCACUUCCUAAUGUGAAACUAACAAAAGUUGAUUAUGAAUGGGUGCAUGUAAUUGGUGAAGGUUGGGCUAGUCCUUUGAAAGGUUUCAUGAGGGAAAAUGAAUAUCUUCAAAGUUUGCAUUUUAAUUCACUUAGGUUGAAUGAUGGUUCUUUUGUUAAUAUGUCACUUCCUAUUGUUUUGUCUAUUGAUGAUGAGACUAAAGAGAGAAUUGGAUCUUCUUCUAAUGUUGGGUUGAUUGGACCUGAUGGGGAUAUUGUUGGUAUUCUUAGAAGCAUUGAAAUCUACAAGCAUAACAAAGAAGAAAGAAUAGCUAGAACCUGGGGAACAACUGCUCCAGGAUUGCCUUAUGUUGAGGAGGUCAUUGCUCCAGCUGGAAAUUGGCUUAUUGGAGGAGAUUUGGAAGUGCUAAAACCUAUCAAAUACAAUGAUGGUCUUGAUAACUACAGGCUAUCUCCCAAGCAACUUCGGGAAGAAUUUGAUAGGCGUAAAGCUGAUGCAGUUUUCGCCUUUCAGUUAAGAAAUCCUGUGCAUAACGGUCAUGCCUUGUUAAUGAACGAUACUCGUCAACGUCUACUAGACAUGGGUUACAAAAAUCCGAUUUUAUUGCUUCAUCCUCUUGGAGGUUUCACAAAGGUUGACGAUGUUCCCUUAGAUGUCAGGAUGGAGCAACAUAGCAAGGUUCUAGAAGAUGGAGUUCUUGAUCCUGAGACGACCAUAGUUUCUAUAUUUCCAUCACCUAUGCAUUAUGCAGGUCCAACUGAAGUUCAAUGGCAUGCGAAGGCACGGAUAAAUGCCGGCGCCAACUUCUAUAUUGUUGGUCGCGAUCCCGCUGGUAUGGGUCAUCCAACUGAGAAACGGGACUUGUACGACCCUGAUCAUGGAAAAAAGGUGCUUAGCAUGGCUCCUGGUCUCGAGAAGCUUAACAUUUUGCCAUUCAGGGUGGCAGCUUAUGACACUAAGGUAAACAAGAUGGCAUUUUUCGACCCUAGCCGUGCUAAAGAUUUCCUCUUUAUAUCUGGAACCAAGAUGAGGUCUUAUGCAAAAAGUGGAGAGAAUCCACCAGAUGGAUUUAUGUGCCCAAGUGGAUGGAAAGUUCUUGUCAAUUAUUAUGAAAGUUUGCAGACAGAAGAAGCAUCACAACAGCCUGUGUUAUCUUCUUAGACAUAACUACAGCUACUGCUAGAAGUUUUUGCAUUAAUUGAUUCUAGAACAAGAGUGUUAAGAGUAAAACUUAGGGAGUGCCAAUUUUUAUGCAUGGUCUUCCAACAUCAUGAGCAAGAAUUCAGCAAUGCGCAAGCAUAUUUGAAAUUUUUGUAACAUACUGAAUUAUGUUUCAUUUCCUAAUGAGUUUAGGCCUUGUUUGG